AAGCGUGGCGACGAGCUGUACGGUGUUUCCACACCACCGCAGUUGACUGAUCAGUCUGAUCUGAAACCACGGUUAACGCAGUAGCGCACGCGUUUCUCCCUUUCCAGCUGAGUUCCUGUAGUGGGCCGUUUUUUUUGUCUAUUCCCAUCCCACCACCUGUAGUGUAGUGUAGAGCGGGCGGAGCCGGACAGCGGCAGGACGGCAGGUAGGGACCGUCCGAUUCCGGGGACAGAACGAUUCGUGGGCGCACGCCGCGGCGGCGACGUGCGCGGUAUAAAAAGCAAGCACGGCGCCAUUAACGAAGGAUCCCGAGCUGCCCAACAACCCACUCGCCUCGGCUGUCGGCUCACACACCAGUCCCCGCCACGGGCGCCGAGGGCGAAGGAAAGGAACCAGCGCGGGCGUCCGCCGUUUGCUCGCCUGCUCUCGACUCGAGUGCUUCUCCCCUGCCGCUCGUCCUGCUCGCUGAUUGAUCGCUGCGCGCCUGCGCCUGCUGCUGGAACUCGAUCGGGAAGGUGCCUGCUGCUGGAGCUCGAUCGAGAGGUCCUGGUCGAUCCGUCCAGGGAGCAGGGUGCUCGCCUGCUCGGUCGUAGCUCCAGCCCAAGGCCGGCCGGCCGGUUCCUUGGAUUUUGUUGUUGCUCUUGGCCGGCACGUACUUCUGGUGGGAUGACAACUUGACAGGUUGCCGCCAGUAGAUCUCCUGUUCAGACAUGACCAACCUCGUAGGCGUGCUGUAUGCAGUGAUCCUGCUUGUUUUGUGCGCUGGCUACGUGGAUGUCGCGAGGGGACAGACAACUGACCCUACUGAAGUGAACGCUCUCAAGGCAAUCAAAGCCAGCCUGGUUGAUCCUUCUAAUAAGCUUAAAAAUUGGGGCAGUGGGGAUCCAUGCACAUCCAAUUGGACAGGAAUCUUCUGUGACAAGAUACCAAGUGAUUCAUAUCUUCAUGUAACAGAAAUACAGUUGUUUAAGAUGAAUCUUUCCGGAACUUUGGCACCGGAGAUUGGUCUCCUACCCCAGUUGAAAACAUUGGACUUCAUGUGGAACAAUUUGACUGGUAACAUCCCAAAAGAAGUUGGAAAUAUCACAACAUUGAAGCUCAUAACUUUGAAUGGUAACCUGUUAUCUGGUUCUUUGCCUGAUGAGAUCGGUUACCUGAUGAACUUAAACAGAUUACAAAUAGAUGAGAACAACAUAUCAGGCCCCAUACCUAAAUCUUUUGCUAACUUAACAAGCAUUAAACAUCUUCACAUGAAUAAUAACUCAUUAAGUGGGCAAAUCCCAUCUGAGUUGUCCAGCUUACCUGCACUCCUUCAUCUCCUUGUUGAUAACAAUAAUUUAUCUGGGCCUCUUCCACCAGAAUUAGCAGAUACACGUAGUUUGGAAAUACUUCAGGCUGAUAAUAACAACUUCAGUGGAAGCUCCAUCCCUGCUGAAUACAGCAACAUACGAACACUUCUAAAGCUGAGUCUAAGAAACUGCAGUUUGCAAGGAGCUGUUCCAGAUUUGAGUGUCGUACCUAAAUUUGGCUACUUGGAUCUUAGCUGGAACCAGUUGAAAGGAUCUAUACCGACUAAUAGGCUUGCUUCAAAUAUUACUACAAUUGAUUUAUCACACAACUUUCUUCAAGGAACUGUUCCAUCAAACUUCUCAGGGCUACCUAAUAUUCAGUACUUGUCAGUCAAUGGCAACCUCCUAAACGGUUCUGUUCCACCGACAAUUUGGAGUAACAUUACUUUCACGGGAAAUAGAGCCCUUGUUUUGGACUUCCAAAACAACUCCCUUGACACUAUUCCACCUGUAUUUGAGCCUCCACAAAAUGUCACGGUUCUACUUUAUGGAAACCCUGUAUGUACGGCAUCUAAUGCAGCAAGAGCUGCUAAUCUUUGUCAACCUACUUCUGUAACUGAUGCCCCAUCUGGAGAGGGAAAGCAAGUUAGUACGACGUGUUUUCCUUGCCCAACAAAUUUUGAAUACAAUCCAUCAUCCCCUAUUCCUUGCUUCUGUGCUGCGCCUCUGGGAGUUGGAUUUCGACUAAAGAGUCCAGGAAUAUCGGACUUCCGACCCUAUAAAGAAGCCUUUGAGAAUGACUUAACCUCUCUGCUGGAAUUGCGUGUUUAUCAGCUGUACAUUGAACGCUACAUAUGGGAGGCUGGCCCAAGGCUGAAUACACAUUUAAAGUUAUUCCCAAAUAAUACAAAUUUAUUCGAUAUGGCUGAGGUUGUGCGGCUUAGGGAAGUACUUGCUGGAUGGCAGAUCACUCUAUUAGAUGUUUUUGGUCCAUAUGAGCUUCUCAAUUUCACACUUGGUUUCUAUGCAGAUGAAUUUCGUACUGCGGCGUCGCCAGGUUUAAAAGGCGGUGCACUUGCUGGGAUUUUGGUGGGGACAAUUGUUGCUGCCAUUGCAGUAUCUGUGUUUUCUACAGUUUUUAUAAUGAAAAGGCGCAGAAAACAACGAACAAUUUCAAGACGGUCAUUACUUUCAAGGUUUUCUGUCAAGGUUGAUGGUGUGAAAUGCUUCACAUUUGACGAAAUGGCUGUGGCAACAAGGGAUUUUGAUAUUUCAGCUCAAGUUGGUCAAGGGGGUUAUGGAAAAGUUUACAGAGGAAAUUUAGCUGAUGGAACAACAGUGGCAAUCAAACGUGCACAUGAAGAUUCUCUGCAAGGUUCAAAGGAGUUCUGCACAGAAAUAGAAUUGCUGUCAAGAUUACAUCAUCGCAAUUUGGUUUCUCUUGUUGGCUAUUGUGAUGAAGAAGACGAGCAGAUGCUGGUUUAUGAGUUCAUGCCCAAUGGUACCCUACGUGAUCAUCUUUCUGCUAAGACUGAAAGACCUCUGAGCUUUGGUCAGAGGGUCCAUAUUGCGCUUGGUGCUGCGAAAGGACUUCUAUAUCUACAUACCGAGGCAAAUCCUCCUAUAUUUCAUCGUGAUGUUAAGGCCAGCAAUAUUCUUCUAGAUUCCAAGUUUGUAGCAAAGGUGGCUGACUUUGGUCUUUCGAGGCUUGCUCCAGUGCCUGAUAUUGAAGGGACUUUGCCAGCUCAUAUCUCUACUGUUGUUAAGGGCACCCCAGGCUAUCUCGAUCCAGAAUAUUUCCUGACCCAUAAACUGACGGAAAGAAGUGACGUGUAUAGCCUAGGUGUUGUUUUUCUUGAACUAUUGACUGGUAUGAAGCCAAUCCAGCAUGGUAAAAACAUUGUUAGAGAGGUAAACAUCGCUUACCAGUCAGGCGACGUUUCCGGGAUCAUAGACAGCCGGAUGUCCUCAUACCCUCCGGAAUGCGUAAAGAGGUUCCUCUCCCUCGCAAUAAGGUGCUGCCGGGACGACACCGAAGAGAGGCCCUACAUGGCCGACAUUGUCAGAGAGCUGGAGACCAUCCGGAGCAUGCUGCCCGAGGGAGAGGACGUCCUGUCCUCGACCUCGGGGUCGGGCUUGCUGGCGAAGUCCAUGUCAUCAUCAUCGACCACCACCACCGGGGCCCUCUACGUGUCGUCGCAUAUUUCUGGCAGUGGUCAGGCGGACAGUGGCAUCCCCUCCGGGAUGGUGGCUCCUCGGUAGCGUUGCUGGAGCCGGAGGUUUUGUAGACACCUGACGGGCGGCUGUGAUCUGUAGUGAACUAGCUUGUAAGUAGUGACAGGACAGGAGUAAUGGUGGGGUGGUGUUACCUUGCCCUGCAGGUGAGUUGUUGUUCUGUACAUGAGUUUUUUUGUGAACUGUGCUGGAGCCUGCUGGGACCAGGUUGUGCUGUAAUAGUGGCAUUGGUAAAGAAUACAGAUGAGGGGUAUAUACUGAGUUACUGACGUAAUUUAUCAGAAUUGCCCCCGGUGUUGAUCU